AUGCCAAUUAACCAGCAUGUGCCAGACAGAGGCCCAGAAGAGAAUACUGCUAUGACAGAAACAUCUGCAGCUGUGCUCAUUCAAGCAUGGUGGCGUGGCACACUGCUGCGACGCUCACUGCUGCACGCUGCCCUCAACGCGUGGAUCAUUCAGUCCUGGUGGAGAAAGAUACUGGUGAAGGUGCGGGAGAAGAGACGGCGAGCGGCUCUGGAGUUGUAUGCUCAAAAAGCGUGGGCAACUGUCAAACUGCAGUCAUGGUUCCGGAUGUGGCGCAUCCGCCAGCGAUACUGUCGUUUGCUAAAUGCUGUCCGCAUCAUCCAGGUUUAUUGGCGUUGGCAUAGUUGUCACACUCGUGGCUUUAUCCAGGGCGACUAUGAAAUCAAAGAAAACCAUCUGAAUAUUCAACUUGAAAUUUCCCUGGGCGCACAGGCUUGCAAGGUGCAGCAAUGCAUAACCCUACCAAUAAAAGAGUGAUCAGGUCUGCUACACCGGUGUCCUCAGCUCUCUUUUAUCAGAAGGAUUUCCGGGUCAACAAGAUUAGAGUCAACAUGGCAGAUACCAGGUGCUUGGCAAAUCAGCGCUGAGGUGCCCUACUGAGAAGGAGCCUCCGUGCUGGAGGAUAAGGAUCUGGGAUGGAUUAGUAAUGUCUGCCAUGGGCAGGAGCAUUAGGAUUUCAGGGUUUCCAGAUGUUUCAGUUCCAGGGAGAACUUCCAAACGGUCUCCCUUGAUAAUGCAAAAUGGAGGCCUGUAUUUUGGGGCUUUAUGUUUGCUACAAAAUUUAAAGACUUAUUUUAGAAAUCAUGGUAAAUAUUUGACUCAAACUCACUAUUUUAAACUAGAUUGAAAGAUUCUUAUAUUGUGCAAUUGUCACCAUCCACCUCCAUAGCAUUUUCAUCUUGCAAAGCUGAAAAUUUCUACCCAGUAAAUAGGAAUUUUUUGUUCUUCCCUCCAGCUCUGGACAACUUAUUUGUCUCUAUGCAUUCAACUUUUUUUUUUUUAAGUGAGAGACACCCCUCUACGUCCAUUCUGGAGAACCUAGAGGACUCACACAAAACCUAUGUGUAGCAACUAGCUUAUUCCACUUCCUCCAAGUUCAUGUUGUAUCAGGUGCCAAGUUUCCCCUUUAAAGGCUGAAUAACAGCCCCAAAAAUGCAUAUACUGCCUGUGUUCAUCUGUCGACUGAGAUGUGCCACACUGCCUCUUGCUAUUUGAACAAUGUGGCUAUGGACACUGAUGGAUAAAUAGCUCUUUUCCUUCUUUUUAAAAAAUUGUGUGGGUGGAGAAUAAAGAAAUAAAAAACCA